AUGGCAAAAACAAAACACCUUCCGUCACCCCUCAAAGUACCACCCUCUGCCUCUUCCUCCGAGGAAGAUUCUUCCGAAGAAGAAGCUGAGGUACCUCAAUCCAAAAACCCUCCACCUCUUGCUUCCCAAAACCCUCCAUCAGCUACUUCAAACUCAAACCCUAAACCAUCAUCAUCAUCUUCUGAAUCCGAAUCUGGGUCAGAUUCUGAAUCCGAAACCGAAACCGAUUCUUAUUCGGAACCAGAACCCACUCCACCUGUGAAACCACUUGCAUCAAAGCCGUUAAAGAUUCUAACCACUCCUUCACCGGCUAAAGCUGGAACCAAGCAUGCUAUCGAGUUUCAAACCACUAGAACCAAGCAUGCGGUUGAUAACAACGACACUGACUCUGACUCUUCUAAGCGUUUGAAGAAGAAAGCAAACAAAACUGAACGUCGUGGUUCCGUUGACGAGAAGGAAGCGGCGAGAGACUCUAUCAAAAAGAUGUCGGCUCAGAGACUAUUCAGCGAGGAAGACGAACUCGCCAUUCUGAAAGGUCUAGCUGAUUCCAUUUCAACUAAAAAGGAUCCUUUGAAAAACACACAAGCAUUUUACAAUUUUGUGAAGAACUCUAUUCGAGUUGACGCAAACAAAGGUCAACUUAGGCAUAAGGUUCUUGCUCUAAAGAAAAAGUUUGAAAGAAAUGAUGAAAAUUUCACCAAAGAACAUGAUCAGAAAGCUUUUGAACUUAUCAAGAAGAUUGAGUUUAAAAAACAGAGAACACCAAAAAAGGGCUUGAGUUCGGAUUCUGUUUCUGCAAAAGAAGUAUUAGUUGCAAAGAAGGAAGAUACUGUGAAAAAUGUUAAAAACAGUUUGGCUUUUAAGGAAAUGUCUAGGUUUGGUGAUGAUAAUAAAAAAAAUGCUAUGUUAGAAGAAAAAUGGAAGAAGGUUCAGAUUGUUGAGAAUAAGUUGUUUAUGACUCGAGCGGGGCUGGUUAGAGAACAAGCUAGCAUGAUACUGGAGUCUUUAGUUUUACUUUGGAUGCAUAUAAGACAUCAAACCUUUUGGUAUAGUUUUUUUGCAGGUUUUUAA